AUGGUCAAUGUCAAUUUUAUUCUUUUAAUUUUCAUUCAAUCAUUUAGUUUAACUACUAGUCGAUGUAAUCUUCGUGGGCUUAUCGCUUGUAUUGAAGUGCCUAUUGAAUGUCUUGAUUGUUCAUUGACAAUAGAUUGUAUUUAUGGUCAACCGAUUUCGAGUUCAUGUCGAAUGCUUAAUGGUUCAUGUUUAAAUAAUAAUGAUAAACCUGUUUCAUCAUUUCAACGUUCAUAUAUAUGUCAAUAUUGUUAUCAAAUAGCAUUAGAUGAACUUACUUGUACACCAAAUAUUACUUGUCGUCGACAUCAAAAUUCAAAUCGUUAUAAAUCAAAUUGUACAAUUAGUGACAAUACACAACUAUGUUUAGGUUCAAGAACAUUUUAUCGAAAUAUAGAAUGUAAUUGGACAAGUGGUAAUAAGAAAUCGAAAACAUUAUUAUUAAGUAUAUUUUUGGGUGGUCUUGGUUUUGAUCGAAUCUAUUUAGGACAUAUUAAAGAAGCAUUUGGAAAAAUAUUUUCAUUUGGUGGUCUGGGUAUUUGGACAUUAAUUGAUUCUAUACUUAUUGCUUGUGGUUAUCUAACCCCGGAUGAUGGUUCAGUUUACAUAGAAUAG